GUGUCUGACUCCAUAUCUGUAGCAAAAACUCACAUUGGACCAGGAAGUGUUUCGGUUGCACUGAGUGCAAGGGUGUGUUACCAUUCCAGAGAGGUGGAGAGAGAGGGAGGGAGCAAAAGAGAAAGAGAAGAAGUGGAUACAUACUGAUGUCACACAGUAGGAGGAGCAUAUGACUCUCACAGGACUGAAAAAGAAGGGGAGGAGAAAGCCAGCGCACGAAAAAGGAAGUUUUUUUUCCCUCCUUAAUACUUUUUGACCGUCUAAAUUAAAACAAAACAACCAAACGCGUCGAGUCCAAUCAUUGAAAAUGAUGAAAGUGCCUCUCACUGGCUGAGCAGCUGAGGAAAACAAACGGAAGAAAUAUAAGGACAGAGCUCGACUCGGAGCCUUGCACGACUGAUGACAGCAUUAAAAAUUGACACUGUGAAGCCUGGGGCCUGUUGACAGGGGAGAGAGUGACCGGCAUAUAAUAAUGACCUCAGAACUGGACUCCAGUUUAACCAGCAUAGACUGGCUCCCACAGCUGGGCCUAAGCACUCUACGCUCAGGCAAACAGCGUGUGGAGAAGGAGAAGAGGAGAGAGAGAGACAUUCCUCCCUGCAUUCCCACGGCCCCAUCUCCCUCCAACUCCAAAGGGAAGCCUCCUCACAGCUAUGCCACGCUCAUUGCAAUGGCGAUCCGUGCAGCCCCUGAUGGCAAACUCAGUUUGAAUGACAUUUACACUUGGAUCAGCGACACAUUCCCUUACUACAGCAGGGUCGGACGAGGAUGGAAGAAUUCAAUUCGACAUAACUUGUCCCUGAAUAAGUGUUUCCGAAAGGUCCCACGGCCCCAGAAUGAUCCAGGAAAGGGUUCUUACUGGACAAUGGAUGGACCCCCUGAACCCCAAGAGCCAAGAGGAAUUAAACGUCCAUAUCCCACAGAAUCUGAGGCCCAGGUCACUCAGAGACCAGCUGUACAGGAAGUGAGGCCCCAACCCCUUCAGGUUCAGCCUGAAUAUGUCCCCCCACAGCCUACCCAGAAGAAUGUGAUGUCACCUCCACCCUUCAAGCAACGUGCACCCCCUCUGGCAUCCCCAUCGGUUCUUCUUCCGGCACAUUCCAUGAACGACCCCCCUUCGCGCUUCCCCUUCACGGAUCUCAACAUGCCGGACCUGUACGCCUCUUUCCAGUCCCUCUGCCGGAACAUGAGAGAGCGAGUUGCCUCACAAUCGGAUGCUGUGCCUUUGUAUGGGAUGAAUAAUGACAGUGCCCCGCUGCACACUCCAAUCCUCUCUCCACUGUCUCCACAACCUUGUCAGAACCCAAACCCAAACCCUGAGCCAGAACGACCAAUACAAAAUACUGGCUUGUCUUUAGUAUACCCCCCUGCAGUUGUGCCUCCAGACUGGUUAAGCAACGCUGAUUCUUUAAAAGAGAGUUUCAGGAUCGCCAACAGCCUGGACUGGUCGAACAUAGACCUCUCCAGUCACCCUGACCUUGUGGAGAGCAUGAGACAGGCUGAGCUCUGUGACUGGGCCCUGGACCCGGCCCUCUUCACCUCGCUCUGCGACUCCCUGAACCGCUUCUUCACUCAGAAGGGCUUGAUCGCAUCCCCCUCUGGCAGCCCCUCCACUCUGGGUCCUCCAGCCACUCUUCCUAUGACUCUCUUGCCUUGCACGGCACCCACGCUGGCGAGUCUGACUAACCCCUCGCCACUGGCCUACCCCUCUGUCAGUGGGCCAGGCGCCCAGGGCAUCAGGAGGAGCCUGACCCCCCAGACCCAGAACCAGCCGGUCACCAACCAGCACAUGUCACCAAAGGGUGUCCAUUCCCCAACAAUGAUACGACCACCAAUGAAGCAUACCAACAGCGAGGAGAUUCAAGAUGACUUUGAUUGGGAUUCGUUGAUUGUGUAAGGAUCCUUGCCUAUAUGACAAAAAGACUGCAGCACAGACCAACACGUUACACUAAUAGUGUUGAACAUCCUUCAGAGUAGAGUGAGAGGAUGGCCUAACUGCCCUGGUUAAACUACAGUAAGUGCAUGUGCAGUAAAUGGCAGAGUUUGUGACACCAACUGACAUGACAUGACAGGUUGGCAGAGCCUGGUGGAAUUCAGUUGAGUCUGAAAUACUGUAUGCUGAAAAAAUGCAUGAUAUCUUUACCCAUUUCAGCUGUCUUUUUUCAGAAAUGCAAACUUUAUAUUACCAUAAAAUGGCAUAACUGUACUUUAACUGUAUUGUAAGUGAUUGUUGUGAAUGGUUUUGUGACUACCCUGACACUUAUUAGUUUGUUAGUUUGUUAAUGCAAUAAAACAUACCAUCUUCUGAUGCUUGA